CCUCGAGUCUCUAUAAUAAGGACUGUCACUUCCUCUCUGUCACCUAGCAGAGUCCUCCAGUUGCUUAUAACCCGGUGGUACCUGGGGCUUCUUAUGAGCUCUUUAAUAGGUCAUCUAAUUGAGGCUGCGCCUUAAGGCGUCCUGGUCCCAUGUCACGCUAAACAGUGUGACCUCUGACCCCUAGUGUGAUCUUGGGGCCAACCCCUGGCGUGCGCUGUCGGGGCCGCCAUGGAGCUGGGCAGCUGCUUCAAGACCUAUGAAGACUUCAAGGAGUGCUUUAGCGCCUACAAAAAGGAGAACAGAUGCUCCUUCAUUCUCAGGGACUGCGUCUCCGUCCGCUUCCACAACCUCAACCACGGCACUUCCAUCCGCGAGGACGUCCUAUAUGUGCAGGUGAAAUUUGUCUGUAUUCGGACCAAGUCACACAGGAAGAGAACACAGAAGGACGACAUGUGCCCAGCAUACUUGCUCCUGCGGUACAAUGAGAGACUAGAUAGACUAUUUAUCAGUGAACUAAACACCCAGCAUGUCCAUGUUGAUUCCAAAACUGCUGGUCCUAGAGGAGACACCACUGGCAGAUCUCAAAAGACAGUGUGCCUGCAGAAACUCCAGCUUGUGCAAUCCACAGUCAAGAAAGAUGAUGAUGUAGCUGAGAAGACCCCAGUAGAGCCACCAUUUUGCCCAGAUAAAAUUCAAGUACCAUUCAAGCCAGAACAGGAAAACAUCACUCCUUCCGACCUGACCAAAAUAGCAAAAGUGAUGAAGAACUUUCUUAAAGUAGAUGAGGGUUCCAUGGCCUCCUUCAGUGUGGGCACCAACCAAGACUUGGACCGGCUCAGCUUUCAGAGCAGCAAAAUGAGUGACCUGUUCAUCCGCUUCCCAGAGAACCUCCUGCUGCACCGGGUGGAGAACACUCAGGGCCAUGUCCUCUAUGCUUUCUUGGUGGAGAACAAGGAACGAGAGGGUCGAGUGGUCCACUUCUCUGUGCUCAAGGCUGAGACGGCCAUUUUGGUGGCCAAGAUGCUACGUAUCUUCACAGAGUUCAACACUGAUUGGCCCAAGGUCAAGGUGGUCUUUGUGGACCCUUCAUUCCCUCACCGGGCCAUCCUGCAGGAGAUCUUCCCUGCUGCCCGGAUUCUCCUUUCCAUCUACCACACAACCCGGCUCUUAGAGAAGAAGUUGCAUCGCAGUGCAGCAAAUCCAUCCUUUAAAAGGCUCAUGAAAGAAGCCCUUCGGGAAGCUGUGUUUGUCGCUUCUGAUGCCAGCCUAAAAAAUCUCUGUCAGAUGUCCCAAGCCCUCCUGGAUGAGGAUCUCUUCAGCUUCCUGCAGGCACACUGGUUCUCCUGUGAACUGUUAUGGUACAUGCAUGUCAGGAAGGGCCUGCAUGCGUGUAACACCUACAUGGACAGCCUGGACAUUGUCACCAGCAAGGUGUCAAGCCUCUUCCGGGAACAGCAGUCCCUGCUGGACUGCAUCCUCCGCUUUGUGGAUUACAUAGACUUCUUCAAUACCAAAGCCUUGAAGAACCUGCCCACAGUUUCUCCAAAGUUAAAGCGAACCCGGACUCCAAGCAUGCCACCAAAUGCGAAGAAACCUUUUGGAGUUUGUAGAGGAAUUCUCACCAGGGCACCAGUGGAACAAACAAAGCCUGAUUCACAGCAGGUUCAGUUGGAGCAGCAGCCCUCCCAGGGUGGCAUGCUGGACAGCUUGCACCGAAGUGGCUCUGAACUGGCCUACAAGCUAUGCCACAACGAGUGGGAGGUGGUCCAGAAUUCCACCCACCUAGUGGAGAUUGCUGGUUCCUCAGUGGAUGUUCAGCUCCUAGAGGACUCUCACCAGGUUAGCAAAGAUGGCUGUAGCUGCAGCUGUUCCUUUCAGCAGUGGUACCGCCUGCCUUGCCGGCAUAUUUUGGCCCUCCUGCACAAUAGCCAGCAGCCAGUAGACGAAACUAUGGUGUGCCGCAGGUGGCAAAAGAAGUACCAGCACCUUCUUGGGCCUAAUGGGGAAUUCCAGGACCGUGGUAGGAUCCUAAACACAGAUGAGCCUGAAAAUCAGGGUCGGAAUGACAUGAUUCAGGACCUAAGUAGGGAGCUAGCGAACCUGCUAAUGCAGACUGAGGGGUCAGAGCUGGAGGAGCGCUAUUCCACCCUGCGUAAGAUUGUGGACAUCUGGGCUGAUCCCCAUCAGUCAUCUGAGUCCAUUGGGCGGCCAGGAGGCUUCAAGGAUGUGGGUUGCCUUCCUUUCCUCUGGGGAAAACAAGAGGAAGGGGAGGAACUCCCUCUCGAUGAAGCCACAAUGCAUGACUAAAACACUUGCCCUGGCACCUUGGACCACAAACUCUUCUUGGAAGUCCAAGAGUUCAAAAUGGACAAGUCAUGUUAGGGGUCAGUAUUUUAACCAAUAUUUUCCUAGACAGGGCUAAGGGGAUUGUUAAAAUAGGGAGGAAAGGGACCUCCCUGGUUGAUAGUCCUGUGAAUCUGCCUCAUUUCAGCCCUUUGGCAUUCCAUUCUGUGGGAACCUCAUUCAUUGUUCAAGGCCAAAGCUAUCCCCAUGCUGAAAGGUCAUCCCUGUUUCUCCUCUGACCCUAAGAUCAGACCUUAUUCUCCUUACAGAGAUGAACCUGUGCCCCAGGAUAGGAUGAGACAAAAUGGGCCUAGAAAAAGGGCCCUUCUUCAGGGACAAAGAGGAGGGUGAUCUCAAUUGGUGCCACUCUUUAUGAAGAAACUGUCAUUUGUCAUCUAUUUUUAUUCAUAUUAAAUAAAGUUGGUUUUUUUUUUUUAAAAAAAUGAAGUCAAGCAGAGGGAAUAUGUUUUACUUGAUCAGAGAAGGAAAAAGAAUUGCAUAGCAGGACUCCUAGGUUCGCUAUCUUUACUGUCAGGAAGUACGUGGAUUUAUAUUAUAUUGAAACAGGGGCUCGAAGUGUUGUCCAGGUUGUCUUGGAAUGUGUGAUCCUCCUGCCUAACCCUCUGAGUAGCGGGGAUUACAAGCAUGUGCCAUGGUGCCUGGUUUGCAUUUGCAUUUGUGUUACUGGCAAGUGCUCAACCAUUGAGCUACAUCCCCAGCCAUUAUAUGAAUCUAUUAACUUUAGAGCUGGAUGUGGUGGCACACACUUGUAAUCCCAGCACUCACGAGGCAGAAGCAAGAUCUCUGUAAGUUCAAAUCCAGCCUGAACUGUAUAGUUACACCUUGUCUCAAAAAAGAUAAAAACAGGGGCUGGGGAUUUAGCUCAGCGGCAUAAGCGCCUGCCUUGCAAGCAGGCAGUCGUGAGUUUGAUCCCUGGUACCGAUAAAAACGAAAAAGACAAAAAAAAAAAAAGAUAAAAACAGGGCCAGCGGUUUAGCUCAGCAGCGUUAAGUACCUGCUUGGCAAACGUGAAGUCGUGAGUUCAAUCUCAGCACCACAAAAAAAAAAAAAAAAAAAAAGUAAAAACAAUGAAUUUAUUAAUUUUUAAGAUAGAACCAGGGGCUGAGGAUUUAACUCAGCAGCAUAUGCACCUGCCUUGCAAGCGCACAGUCCUGAGUUUGAUCCCCGGUGCUGGUAUUAAAAAAAAAAAAAAAUAGACCUGGGUGUGGUGGUGCACGCCUGUAAUCCCAGUACUUGAGAAGCAGAAGCAGGAGGCUCAUGGCAAAUUUGAGGCUACCCUUGGCUACACUAGUUCUAGGCCAGCCUGAACUACAUAAAACUACAACUGAACUACAGUUGGGGCUGUGUAGUCAAAUAGAACCUAAUGCCUCAACUGAAAAGCAACUCACCACUUAACUUUUUCUUCGUAUCAAUCAAGCCUUCAGUGUUGAUUUUGGGUUGCCGAAUAUUCCAGAGUAAGAGUUCAUAUAGACUGGAAGAAACUUGAAUUCUAGUUAUGACUGCCAGAACUUGGGGGACUAUGGGCAAGUCCCUAAUCUCUUUGACCCCAAUUUCCUCAGCUAUAAAAAUCAGCAUGCUGGGUUGGGGAUUUAGCUUAGCGGCAUAAACUCCUGCCUGACAAGCUCGAGGUCGUGAGUUCGAUCCC